AUGUGGACCAACUCCUCAUCCAUCCACAACUCCUCUCUAGAUUCUUCAUACCACGAUUGUACAGCUAUCGAAGUUUUUAAGAUUCAUCAGGCAGCCUUCAGCAUCACUAGAGUGGCCCUCAUCACCCCUUUUACCUUCAUCAUCCUCUAUCUGGCUUACCAAAGGUGGAAGCAGCAGGGUUCCUGGAGAGCUGAGAGCCACUGUGAUGUCUUCACCUACCACCUGGCUGUCAUGGAAUUGUUCACCAUUUUAGGGACAGCUGUGAACCUUCUGGGCCUUUUCAGCAGGUUCAAAAUCAUGAUGCAAGUCGGCCGCAGCAUGAUUUCCCUUCCUUACUGCGGAGAAACCCUUUUUCACAACUUGACCUGUGUGGAGCGUUACCUGGCUGUUGUUCAUCCUCUUACCUACAGGGGGCUGAAGACUGCUCGUGGGGUCAGGAUCAGGAAUGUCAUGAUCGGAUGUGUUUGGUUGUUCUGUUUAGGGUCGAUGGUUGUAACAAUUCCCUUCAGUCUUCAAACACUCUAUUUUUCUACGUUGGGCAUCAUGAUCAUCUCUUUGGUCGCCAUUUCCUAUUGCAGCCUGUCUGUUCUCUGUGCUCUGAUUCGUCCAAGGCCUGGGGAACGGGGGCGGGGCAAAGAGAGAGUUGA